CAGAAUCUUCAACGGCAGCACAAUCAACAUUUACAACAGCUGUGACACCUAUGAGUAUGACCACGUUAGAGUCAUCUUCAAGUGAAAGUGGUUCAACGCUGGAAGCUACAUUGUCCACAACAAGGACAACUUCAUCUCCUGUACAAACAUCGCCCACAACCCAAGAACAAAGUACAUCCGAAUUCACUUCAUCUAUAACAGGAAUGUCUUCAUCUAGUGUAGAACAAACAAGCCAACAGACACAAACCAUUCAGCAUCCUUCCACCACGGAAUCAGAAUCUUCAACGGCAGCACAAUCAACAUUUACAACAGCUGUGACACCUAUGAGUAUGACCACGUUAGAGUCAUCUUCAAGUGAAAGUGGUUCAACACUGGAAGCUACAUUGUCCACAACAAGGACAAAUUCAUCUCCUGUACGAACAUCGCCUACGACCCAAGCACAAAGUACAUCAGAAAUCACCUCUUCUAUAACAGGAAUGUCUUCAUCUAGUGUAGAACAAACAAGCCAACAGACACAAACCAUUCAGCAUCCUUCCACCACAGAAUCAGAAUCUUCAACGGCAGCACAAUCAACAUUUACAACAGCUGUGACACCUAUGAGUAUGACCACGUUAGAGUCAUCUUCAAGUGAAAGUGGUUCAACGCUGGAAGCUACAUUGUCCACAACAAGGACAACUUCAUCUCCUGUACAAACAUCGCCCACAACCCAAGAACAAAGUACAUCCGAAUUCACUUCAUCUAUAACAGGAAUGUCUUCAUCUAGUGUAGAACAAACAAGCCAGCAGACACAAACCACUCAACUCCUUUCUACCACAGAAUCAGAAUCCAUUAGCAUGACCUCAUUUCAAUCAUCUACCAUUGUAGGUGGUUCAACAUUUGAACCAACAUUAUCCACAACAGGUACAACUUCAUCUUCUGCACCACCAUCGCCUCUGACUGAAGAAAGUACAUCAGAAUUCACUUCAUCUAUAACAGGAAUGUCUUCAUCUAGUGUAGAACAAACCAGCCAGCUGACACAAACCAUUCAGCUUCCUUCUACCACAGGAUCAAAAUCUACAACGACAGCACAAUCAACAUUUACAACAGAUGUGACACCUAUGAGCAGGAGCACAUUAGAAACAUCCACACUUGAAAGUGGGUCAACAGCGGAAGCUACAUUGUCCACUACAGGUACACCUUCAUCUUCAGCACCACCAUCACCUCUGACUGAAGAAAGUACAUCAGAAUUCACUUCAUCUAUUACAGGAAUGUCUUCAUCUAGUGUAGAACAAACAAGCCAACAGACACAAACCAUUCAGCAUCCUUCCACCACGGAAUCAGAAUCUUCAACGGCAGCACAAUCAACAUUUACAACAGCUGUGACACCUAUGAGUAUGACCACGUUAGAGUCAUCUUCAAGUGAAAGUGGUUCAACACUGGAAGCUACAUUGUCCACAACAAGAACAACGUCAUCUCCCGUACCACAAUCGCCUACGACCCAAGCACUAAGUACAUCAGAAUUCACUUCAUCUAUUACAGAAAUGUCAUCAUCUAGUGUAGAACAAACAAGCCAACAGACACAAACCAUUCAGCUUCCUUCCACCACGGAAUCAGAAUCUACAACGACAGCACAAUCAACAUUUACAACAGCUGUUACACCUAUGAGUAUGACCACGUUAGAGUCAUCUUCAAGUGAAAGUGGUUCAACACUGGAAGCUACAUUGUCCACAACAAGAACAACGUCAUCUCCCGUACCACAAUCGCCUACGACCCAAGCACUAAGUACAUCAGAAUUCACUUCAUCUAUUACAGAAAUGUCAUCAUCUAGUGUAGAACAAACAAGCCAACAGACACAAACCAUUCAGCUUCCUUCCACCACGGAAUCAGAAUCCAUUAGCAUGACCUCAUUUCAAUCAUCUACCAUUGUAGGUGGUUCAACAUUUGAACCAACAUUAUCCACAACAGGUACAACUUCAUCUCCUGCACGAACAUCGCCUACGACCCAGGCACAAAGUACAUCAGAAUUCACUUCAUCUAUAACAGGAAUCUCUUCAUCUAGUGUAGAACAAACCAGCAAACAGACACAAACGAUUCAGCUUCCUUCUACCACAGGAUCAAAAUCUACAACGGCAGCACAAUCAACAUUUACAACAGCUGUGGCACCUAUGAGCACAAUCUCAUCACAAUCAUCUACAAGGGAAAGUGUUUUAACACUGGAAACUACAUUAUCUUUAACUGAAAAUGGUCCAACAGUAACAUAUAUACCAAGUAGUACAGUAACCUCUCCAUUUUCAGCAUCUUCUUCCUCAGAAGGUCAGAUUAUUUCUGCAUUUACCAUGUCAUUUCCAUCUUCAAGUCCUGCAGAACAAACAAUCCAGCAGACACAAACCAUUAUUUCAACUUCAAGCACAGAAAUACAUUCAACACAGUCAAUUAAUUCGACAUUUCCACAACUGGAAACAACUGGAACAAUUUCUUCAGACUCACCAGCCUCACCCACUAAUCCUAACUCACAUCAAACAAUAACCCAAACUGUUACAGCCCAAACAUUUAGCAUUUCUACAUCAUCCCAGUCAAGCACCUCUGCUCAAACUAGUACCCAGAACACCUCAUCAAAAUCAACAGAACCUCAUUCAGUUGCAACAACUGUCAAUUCAGUUUCAACAACUCAAAACUGUCUGGAGAAUUGUCAGUGUAAUGGGUCCCCAUGCAUCUUCAAUGUAACAUCUGGGAAAUGUCAGUGUCAGUGCAAUUCUUUCACUUUUGGAGAUUCUUGCAGUUUUGUAAAUGACUCUACCACAGUUACUUGGUCUGAAAGCACACCCACAAGGAAUGCAAACAUCUCUCUCAGAAUUAUGACGGACUAUCUUACCGGGUAUGAAAAUGUGAACUCUCCAGAAUCAAAAAAACUCAUUUUCAUCUUAAAACGUGAGCUUUCAAUCCUUUGUAAAAGAGCAGAUGCACAAAAUUUCAAGGAUGUGCACAUACGUAGGCUAAUGCAAGGAAGUGUCAUUGCUGAAAGUAUUGCAGUAUAUAACUAUCCCAACAACAACUCACAAAUAUUGUUUCUAAAUAAUGAUUUGGGGCCCACCCUGGAAAAAAUUUUUAAUGACUCUGAUUCAUUUAAAAAUCUCAGCAUAGCUCUCGGUAAUGUUUCCAUCCAAGAUGCCCAAAUUUCCACGGAGGCUGUUAAAAUAUCAAAUAUUUCAGAUCUACAACCAUUUGUGCAAUGCACAGUGAAUUUUGCAAACUUAACAGUAGAAAUUGAAGAUGGAGCAUGGGUAUGUGUGGGAUCAUGCAAAAAAAAUCCCAAAUUCUGUAAUCAACAAGGUGAAUGCCUAAAUGCAAUAAAUGGACCAAAGUGCAUGUGUUACAGUUCUCCCUUUGAGAAGUACUAUGGAGCUCAGUGUGAGCUUUACAGCAGAGGGGCCGGUUUCUACGCUGUUCUCUUCGGCUGUUUAGCAGCUUUUGCUCUGCUUAUCAUUGUCUUGGCUGUGAUGAUUCUGGUGCUCUACAGAGCCAAGAGCAGAACAUCAAGCAGAAGGAGGUUAUCAUUUUUUGACGGUGACUUCUUUGAUUUUACAUCAAGAGGAUCAAUAGACAGAGGUUAUGGGCAUCAAAACUUUUCAGCACCUGGGUUUUUCAGCUCAUUCCAUGAAAAUACACCUGUACGAUAAAGGAUCAACUGAAGUGAAGCAAUGGAUGUCUGAUGAACAGAAAUGACAAAUAUUAUUUAAAAUAUUUUUUAAAGUAUUUGGCCACUAUAAUCUCAGGAAGCCAACAUAAUAAUACAUACAUUAACUGGGUUUGUUGCAGAUUAUUUGGAGUAUUUCAAGUAUUGUCAAGUAUGUCAUAAUAUUUACAUGGCACAAGAACAAUUUAUAAAGCACCUCUGUAAAACUAAGUCACUUAGAACUCAAAAACACUCAUCUACAAAGCCACUCCAGCACAUGCAUAAAUUAAUAAUUAACACAUUUGUAAUUAAAUAUGUGUGGGGUGUUAAAAUAUGGUCCGCUGCAUUAUACAGUCACCGACACGAUCACAAAACACGGCCAAUCAGAGCAAAUCUCUCUGUUUGCACACAUACCUUGUAUUUUUUAUGAUUUCUGUGAUGCUUUACUAGAGGGCAUGCUUUUUAUGGUUUGUGAUUUAUGGUUUGUCAUGUAAAAUCCUCUUUUAAAAUGUUACACCUUCACUCUCUCUACGUCCAAGUUUGAUAAACAUUAGAAGCUGUACUUCGGUCCAAUGAACUGACGGUGUGGGCGGGGCUUCCUGCUCGACGCCACAUAAAUGCAAAAUGCUGCUAUUUAUGUUACAUUUAGACAUUUAGCAAACGCUUUCAUCCAAAGUGACUUACAAUAUAGGAACAAUAUAAGCAGAAAUAUUGUGUAAAAAGGCAGAAAAAUUUUUGUUUUCUUGGUAUGAGAGGGUAAAUUACAAUUAUUAUUAUUAAUAAUCAUCUUUAUUAAUAAUUGCAUUUUUAAUUAUAAUUUCAUAUCUAUUUUCAAUGCUACCACAUCAACCAACUUGUUAAGUCAGUUAUGUUGAUGUUUUUUUAAUGUUUGUUUUUGUUGACACUGUACUUAGUAUGUUAUCUAUGGGUUUUGUAAUCAUAGCAGGGUAUUACUUGUUUAUACUGAAAGCACAUUUAAUAUAUUUUUGUAAGUUGAUAUUUAUAGUGAAAAAAACUGUGCUGAAUAUACAGUAUGUUUCCAAAGUAAGUAUGUUUUUUAAUUUUUUUUUUUUUUUUUUUUUUUUUAAUAAAGCAAAUGUGCAUUACAAGUUAUUGGCUACACUGAACACCAUGUUCAUCAAAAAAAAAAAAAAAAAAAUGCAAUGUCGGUAUAAGGUCACUAGGAGGCACUACAGACUUAAUUAUAUGCCAUGCUGUCUUCCCCUGUUUGGCUGAUGCUUCUCAUCAUCAAAGUUGUCCUUUACUUGUAAAUAGUCGGUUGGUCCAUCUCAAACUCUUUAAUCUUAAUUGGAUUUCAAAUUAAGAAAAAUAUAUCUAAUAUACCACAUUGUAAAGGUACUGCCUGACCACUUUCAUAAUGCAAAAAAGUAUAAAGUAUUGUUAGCGCUGACAAACUGCAUUGCAAGGACUGAUUAAUCUGUUCUCAUAAAUCUCACUAAAUUGUCUAAAUAAACAUAGUUUGUUAUGAUAACACUCCCUAGUUUAUUUAUUUAUUAAAUUGAAGCUGUAUGCAAAUAUGCUACACCUGUGUGAUCACAUAUGAUGCUUGUCUGCUCUAGGCCCUAUAAAAUAAUAUUCUAAUCAUCGUGCAUCAUUUUCUGAGUAUAGAAAAAUUAAAGAGUUAAUCAUUCUUGCAAUAAAUUUAAACCUAACAUUUUUUGUGUGAUAAUUACCCAAAUCAAUCAUAAACUUACUCUUUCAGAUUUUGUUUUUCUAGUAUUAAAAUGC